AUGAAGCAUACUCAACAUGUGGCGGCGUUGGCUGCCCUUGCGGUUAUCUCUUGUCUUCUGAAAGACGGAGAGGCCUGGGUAAAUUCGAAGGGACGGUAUAACGAGGCCAGUGAAUCAUUGGGAGCACCUGAAUCGAUGGUCGAGGCUCAGUGGGGUUCCGUGUACGUGGAUAUUCCUGGAGUAAAGAGGUCAGAUAAAUCGCUGAGUUUCGUUUUCGCGAGCCUUACCGGAGAAGUGGAAGAGGAGUUUGAUCAACUUGACGGUUGUGCAGCACAUCAGUUCGACGUCAGGCCCACCAAAAAUGGAUUUUUUCUAGCGGUCAGCGAAGUACAUAGUGAAGAUCAAUGCCAGAAGACGUGCUCGGAGACAUUGAAAUGUGCUGCAGCAGUUUAUCAUCAGGAAACGAAGGUAUGUAACUUAAUGUCGGAUGUGCAGUCACUAAUCAAAAGCGCAACCAGCACUGUUGUUGUGCCAAAUUGUGACGUAGAAUGUCUUGCAGUAAGCAAGAAGUUCAAUGGUAAUGGGACUUAUCUAGGCACUGUUCCCAAUGCAUUCAUAUGUCAAGUAUUAUGCAAAGGGAAUCCUAUCUGCCAAAGCUUCUCAUGGUUGAAAAGCACACGUGAUUGUAUCUCUUAUGGGAGUGGCCCCGAUUUACAAGACAAUGAAGAUGCCAUCAGCGGAUAUAAGAAUAGCUGCUCCUCGAGCGUCAAACCAACCGACUACGCCGGGAGCUGCACAGUUGCCGAUAUUAGCGCUAUAGGGACGAACAUACACUACCUCGGAAAUGUUCACAGCAUCAAGCAGUGCAAUCAUUUUUGUCUACUCAACCGUGGUUGUGCAUGGUUUACAUUCAAUUCACAAAGUAGAUGGUGUUAUCUCAAAGAAUUUAAUGGAACUGGAUAUCAUGAUUGGCGGGGAGAUCACACCGGGCCCAGACUUUGUGACUCAAGUUGCUUGCAAAAGGAUAUUGAAGUGACAGGAACACCGGUCGCUACAAUUUACGGAGUAACUCAAAUGCUGAAGUGUCACUUUGAAUGCUCUCAAAAUACGACAUGCAUGGUAUGGAGUUGGAACCCUACAACGUAUGACUGUUCCCUGUUCGGUGGAGAUGCCCCCCAUAGUCGCCGUUUUGCUGAACGCUUCUGGAGCGGUCCUAAGGAGGCGUGCCCUCAUGAUAAGCUGUAUGAGCUACCCGGCCCAAGCUGCGCAAUCAGAGGGGUUAAAUAUGGCAUGGAGCCAUUUUCCGUUGCCAGUGCUGGCAACGCCGGGGACUGUCAGAAGAAAUGCCAGCAGUCGUCAUCGUGCGAGGCGUUCGCAUAUGAUACUACGACGGAGAAAUGCGAGCUGCAUCUGGCGAAUGCUAUAUUGAGCAAGCAAGAAAGUAACACUUUUAUUUCUGGUCCCAGAACAUGCGAGGGUUGCUAUGACAAGGAUUUCGAAUAUAUAGGCGAGACUCUACAGGAGAUAAGCAGCGGCUUUCUUUUACCGGAUGAAUGUCAACUGAUGUGCCAGGCCACCACAAACUGCACAUACUGGUCUUUUUCAGGGGAGACAUGCAAGCUUCUUUCUAAAGGACAUAAAAAGUCCAAUACUUUGUUUAUUAGUGGGCCAAAGUAUUGUGAUGGCGUAUGCGAUCUUAAGGGCAUGCAAGCACCCCGAAAAGUACAUGGUUACCUCAAGGAGCUGAAGAAUAGAAGCUUAAGCCAAUGCAGAGAAGCGUGCAGAAAUGACAGCGGCUGCUCAGUGUUCACACGUUGGCAGUCGGGGCAUUGCUAUCUCAAAAAAAAUGGCUGUUUUGUUAACCAAAUGCCGGAUGAGGCCGCAGUUACUGGAUGGAAUAAUUGCUCCACCUGCUUCCGGCAAGGUGUAGGCUACGUGGAUAAUGAAGCCACUAAGCUUUGGAGUCUGAUGGCGGAUAAUGCAGAAGAAUGCCGCGAGCGGUGCAAUAUGAUGGAAUCUUGCAGUUUGUUCACGUACGACGUGAAGGCCAAGAUGUGUUCACUGCUCUCCGGAGAUGCCGGGGAUGUGCAGGGAGAAACCCUCGUAUCCGGUCCCGCGGUUUGCCAAGCAGAUAAUUCUUGUUUCUCCUACGGGAUAGUGUACGAAGGCAGCAAUUUUGAAAAGAUAAAGUCGUCAAGUCCGGAGGAGUGCCAGGCACUGUGUGCAAGAAAUAGCCAAUGUAGGUUUUUCACCCAAGAAGACGGGGUUUGUUACCUCAAGAGAGGACAUGACCAAGGCACCUUCUACACAAAGCCUAAGGCUGGCAGUACUUCAGGACCCAAGAGAUGCACGCAGCCAGACGGAUUAUGCGAAGAAUCCAAUUAUGAUUACCCUGGGAGUGACCUGUACCCGAAUCCGCCAAGGACAUCCAAUCCACAAGAGUGCAGAGUGGCAUGUUAUAAGGAUCCGCUGUGCCGUAUCUGGUUAUGGCGCAAGCGGGAUAACGUCUGCUGGCAGAAGAGUAUAUCUUCCUUCUCCAUUCGGUCGCAAGUCUUGCAGAAUACAGAAGGUGGUCCGCGUCUGGGUUGCGCGAAGUGCGUACGCGCAGGUAUUCAGCUUAAUGGAAACAUCAUCAAGACGGAAGAGCAGUCUUCAUUCACUUUAUGCCAGUUGGCAUGCGAGCUUAAUAGCGAGUGUAAGUUUUUUACCUACCAGAAUUCUAGCUGUAAAUUGAUGUCGACAAUGGGAACAAUUUCAUCGGCGGCCUAUGCGACCACAGUAUCUGGUCCAAAGCAAUGCUAA